CUAUUCUUCCAGCACAACAACUGCCACUCUUAGACGAUGGGUAACGACGGAGGAAGCAUCCCAACCCGCCGCGAGCUCGUGAAAGAAGCCGCAAAAGCCCUCACCACGCAACAGGUCAAAGAAGUACAGAACGAGCAGCAAGAAUACGCCUGGAACAAUGAUCCCAUCACGCGCAAGCCGCUUGCGAAACCCGUAGUGUCUGAUCCCUUGGGGAAACUGUACAAUAAAGACACCAUCAUCGAGUACCUUCUUUCGGAAGAUGGCGACGUAAAGAAGGCUGAGGCAGAGGAGUGUCUUGGCGGACGGGUCAAGAGCCUGAAGGAUGUAGUGGAGGUGAAAUUUGAGAUUGACAGCAGUGGAGCGAAUGCGUUAGAGACGGUGAAUGGGGCGACUGCUAGGUCGGAGAAGUGGAUCUGCCCGAUCACGAAUCGCGAGUUGGGGCCAGGAGCGAAAGCUGUGUACCUUGUGCCAUGUGGCCAUGCAUUUGCCGGAAGCGUGGUGAAAGAAGUCUCUGGCGAGACAUGCUUGCAGUGUAACGAAGCGUACGCGGAGAACGACGUAAUCCCAAUCCUCCCCACCGCCGCGACCGACAUCGCGAGGCUAUCCCGCCGUAUGCACAUCCUAAAAGAGAAAAAUUUAACGCAUUCCCUCAAAAAAGCAAAAGGAGACAAAAAGCGCAAGAAGCACGCCGAGAAAGAGACAAACGGUGCCACAACGACAGACGCCCCCAAAGGGAAAGACAACUCAUCAGAAGAAGAAAGGAAGAAGGACAAGCUCUCAAAGCAAAGGCCUGUGGUCAACAACAGCAUCAAGAAUGCCUCGACGGCAUCCCUUACCAAGAAAGUCCUCGAGGAACAGGAAGCAAGAAACAAACGGAGGAAACUUGAGCAGAAUGCGAACGUCAAUAGCUUGUUUUCGAGUAGGAGCGCAAAGCCUUCGGCUGGAAAUAGCGCAGAUUAUAUGACGCGAGGAUUCAGUAUUCCUUCGAAGCGAUGAGGCAAAAUGCUCGGCAUAGAGAUGCACCUACUCAUAAUCGAUUUCACUAGCGCAAUUAGGUCAGGAGGGAUAGCCAGGUGAAGUAUGGUUAUAGCUUUCGAGUUCAUGUGUAUGAUCGACGGACCGCUGAGAAAUUGUGGAUAUAAAUCAGAAAGAUGAGAGGCCUGCCUGCCCUUUCUAGCUGGCAUCUAUGAGGGUGAGUGGCUUUGGAUGUAUUCUACGAGGAUUACUCCCGGGAUAACAAUGCUCUCCAGCCGUUUACACGCUCGAGUGAAAUACAGAAAACUCUUUAGCAAAAAUGCCUUCAAGUUGCUGCUCGUUCUCUCCAGUAUCGGGUACCUACUGUUGCACUUGGAUAGCAAUUGAAUAG